GCAGGCCAGCCUCUGGGGGGGAAGACCGCCUGGGCACUGCUCUGCCUGCUCCUUGCCCACAGCUUUCCUUCUCCUGAGAAAGACAGGAGGGCGUCAGGUUUUGGACCCGGGACGGGCAUCCUGGGAGUCACGACUUUCAUGUGUCCAGUAUUUGGAGCCACAGCUGGGAGCGUUCACACGUGUAGCUCUUCCCUCCUCCCAGCAGCCCUGUUAUAUACCUUUUACGGAUGCAGGUUCAGAGAGGAAUUUGUUCCUGUGGAUGAGUGGCUCCUCGAUUCCCAGGCCCUUUGAGGUGUCAGGAACCCCGCUGGUGAAACUCUCUACCUCGCCGGAGAAACAACACCUGCUCCUUCAUCCAGAGCGAGCUGGCCAUUGCUAUGGAUACCGAGUCCACGUAUUCUGGAUAUUCUUACUAUUCCGGUCAUUCGAAGAAAUCCCACAGGCAGGGGGAGAGAAAUAGAGAGAGGCACAAAUCACCCCGGAGCAAAGAUGGCAGAGGAUCCGAAAAGGCUGUCACCAUCCAGGCGCCCACCGGGGAGCCCCUGCUGGGGAACGACUCCACGCGGACGGAGGAAGUUCAGGAUGACAACUGGGGCGAGACCACCACGGCCAUCACCGGCACCUCGGAGCACAGUAUCUCGCAGGAGGACAUCGCCAGGAUCAGCAAGGACUUGGAGGACAGCGUGGGGCUGGACUGCAAGCGCUACCUGGGCCUCACCGUGGCCGCGGCGCUCGGACUCCUAGUCUUCCUCACCCCCAUCGCCUUCAUCCUGCUGCCCCCCAUCCUGUGGAGGGACCAGAUGGAGCCCUGCGGCACCAUCUGCGAGGGACUCUUCAUCUCCGUGGCCUUCAAACUCCUCAUCCUGCUCAUCGGGACCUGGGCCCUCUUCUUCCGCAAGCAGAGAGCCGACCUGCCCCGGGUGUUCGUGUUCCGGGCCCUCCUGUUGGUCCUCAUCUUCCUCUUUGUGGUUUCCUAUUGGCUCUUCUACGGGGUCCGCAUUUUGGACUCCCGGGACCGGAAUUACCAGGGCAUCGUGCAAUACGCGGUCUCGCUGGUGGACGCGCUGCUCUUCAUCCAUUACCUGGCCAUCGUCCUGCUGGAGCUCAGGCAGCUGCAGCCCGUGUUCUCGCUGCAGGUGGUCCGCUCCACCGACGGCGAGUCCCGCUUCUACAGCGCGGGGCACCUCAGUAUCCAGCGAGCAGCACUGGUGGUUCUGGAAAAUUACUAUAAGGAUUUCACCAUCUAUAACCCCAACCUCCUAACAGCCUCCAAAUUCCGAGCAGCCAAGCACAUGGCGGGGCUGAAAGUCUACAAUGUGGAUGGCCCCAGUAACAACGCCACUGGCCAGUCCCGGGCCAUGAUCGCCGCCGCCGCUCGGCGCAGGGACUCGAGCCACAACGAGCUGUAUUACGAGGAGGCGGAACACGAGCGGCGGGUGAAGAAGCGGAGAGCGAGGCUGGUGGUGGCGGUGGAGGAGGCCUUCAUCCACAUCCAGCGGCUCCAGGCCGAGGAGCAGCAGAAGGCCCCGGGGGAGGUGAUGGACCCCAGGGAGGCCGCCCAGGCCAUCUUCCCGUCCAUGGCCCGGGCCCUGCAGAAGUACCUGCGCACCACUCGGCAGCAGCACUACCACAGCAUGGAGAGCAUCCUGCAGCACCUGGCCUUCUGCAUCGCCCACAGCAUGACCCCGAAGGCCUUCCUGGAGCGUUACCUCCGCGCGGGCCCCACGCUGCAGUACGACAAGGAGCGCUGGCUGUCCACACAGUGGCGACUGGUCAGUGACGAGGCCGUGACGAACGGGCUGCGGGACGGACUCGUCUUCGUCCUGAAGUGCCUGGACUUCGGCCUCGUGGUCACUGUGAAGAAGAUCCCCUUCAUCGCGCUCUCGGAGGAGUUCGUAGACCCCAAGUCGCACAAGUUUGUCCUCCGCCUGCAGUCGGAGACGUCGGUGUAAAAGUCCUGCGUUUGCGGCUUUAUUCCAAGAAAAGAACAGGGAGGGAGAUCCGCGUGCACGGAGGGCCACCUGGUGUGUGUGACGUUCAUUGCCGAGACUGGCCGGCGCUGGACCAGCGGCCUGACCUGCACUUUAUUUGGAAGGAAGACGAGGUGUCGCCCUGGAAAUCCAUGCGGGGGACACCUGACUGGCGGAUGGGACUUCUCAAGAGGCCGUCCCCCGGCGUUCCUGUGGCAGCUGUAACCAAAGUGGAGCGGGCGGCUCUGGGAGCCUCGCCUUACAGCUUUGUCCCCGCCGUCUCCGGCGCCACACCCUCCACAGCUCCCAGGGGACACGUCUUUAUCCUGGUUCCGGAAGCCAGACGUGUGUGUGUGUGUGUGUGUGUGUGUGUAAAGGUCCAGUUCCACUCCCCCCGCAGCCAGGGGCUGUUCCUUGUUGCCUUAGGUUUCACCGAGAGAGAUCACAACAGAAAAUGUGCACUAAUGAUUCGAUUGGAUCUUUCUUUUCCCAAAGAGAAAACCAGGCCGCUCUGUUUCUGAUCCUGUUUCCCUACCGGCCAGAGCAGGUAGCCUUUGCUCACUCUGUGAUGGGCACCUGUCUUCACCCAUCCGUUCCCUCCCCUCCUCCCUCCCCCAGCAGACACAGACACACACACACACACACACACACACACGCACACGCACACACACGCAUGCACACGCAUGCACACACACACACCACCCCCCCGUGGCUGGCAGGUCCGGCCUGGGAAGCCCAACCUUCAGAGCUGCCAGGGACCUGGCCCUGCCCAUGUGCCUCAGGUGCUCCCACGGAUUGUUUGCGUAGGGAAGCGUGGAUUUCCGCCGCCCCCCGUAGAUCGCCAGGAGGGCAAGCCAGCUGGAAUGUCCCUUAGAACCCCUCCCUGCUCCCCUCCCCUGCUCCCCACCCACCGGGGAGGACUGACACUGUGGCGGACUGGCAGCUUCAGCGUGGAGCCUCUAACGUCCCGGGAGUGCCUGCCAGGGGAGACCAGGCUAUGCCACCACGCUGACAGCUGACAGCUGCUGCCCGGCCCCUGAUUUCUGACCACUGUCACUGUGCACCCCACUCCUGCCCUCUGCCGCUCACUCCUGGGAAGGGCUGGUCGGCCCCUGGUGUUGACCUGGCUUGUAGAGUUUGGUCAAGAGAGAAGGAAAGGUGCCCUGGCUAGUGUGGCUCAGUUGGUUGAGCGUCAUCCUAUGCACCAAGACGUCUCUGGUUUCAUUCCUGAGGGCACCAGAGAGAGAGAGAGAGAGAGAGAGAAGGAGGGAGGGAGGAUGGGCCGCAGAGCAUAAGGAAAGGGGAGUGGGGGCCAGUCUUAGGGUCCGUGAUCAGCUUCUUAAAUGCAGCUGGUUCCAGGGGCUUUCCCGGGGCCUGUGCUGGGGCUCGGCAGAAGCCUGUGCAGGGGCUCGGGGGGAGCCACACCGGGUUCUCCUGCCUCCCUCUGCCUCCUGUAUCCACGGCACACCUUUACCAGGUGCUCCCUCGUGCUUUCCCGGGCACAUAGGGCCCCGUCUGCUCGCUUCAGUGUGUUCCCACACCGCCCCCUGGUUAUGCGUCCACAGGUGGCACAGGAUUCAUGUGUCGUUCUUUAAAUCAGAGUCGGCUUUGGAUAUCUGUACCUGAAAAAGAAAACGGUGUUCUUGAACGAACAGCCUUCAGGUCGAAAGGAAGACGUGUUGGGAAAGAAGGAAGGGAAGCCAGUCGGCCUGGCGUGGGGCCGAGGUGCGCUGUGUCACCGCACGGUUCCGCUGCUGGAACACACCCCGUAACCAUGGUGCUUCCGUCCUUAGUGUUUGCCUGUAGGUCCCUUCAAGCUGGACAUUCCUUAGGGUGAUGUCUUUCUCAGGAAUAUGUUUCGGGAGAUGGUGAAUGUCUAUGACUUUGGCUGCGUGAAGGUUACAACGUCCGAGGCUGCUGCAUCGGGGGCACAGCGGUGGACACGCCCUCCAUGUGCCUGCACGUGGUUCACUGCUCACCAGCGUCCCCAGGGCCCAGGCUUCCAGCCCGGUCUGCAGUUGCCAGCCCCGGAGGGGUCACGUCGGAUUGGCUGCUUCGGUGCCUGCACCCCCGCAGGUGAAGAAAGGUUAAUAUAUUUCCUCUCUACCCGUUUCUCUCUCCCUCAGCCUUGUCAGACCUUCUGAAAUUACUGUUUCUGUUUUAAGUUGAAUACUGAUUUUUUUUUACACUGA